AUGUCCCUAGGCCGUGCCUGGGCAGGGCAUACGAUGGACGAAAAACUUGCGCAGGCCUCUGCACAUGGAUUCCUUGGUGUGGAAAUCUUCUUUGAAGACCUAGAGCACAUCGCAGAGUCACUGCCCAAGGGUACAACUACGGUUGAGCGUCAAAUAGACGCUGCCUGGACAAUUCGAGGACUCUGUGACAAAUACGAUCUGACAGUCGUCUGCCUUCAACCGUUCCUCUUCUACGAAGGAUUAAAGGACCGAGCCGAGCAUACGAGACGGAUCGAAACACUCUCCCAUUGGUUCGAGCUCGUGAAUAUUCUGGAAACAGAUCUUAUCCAAAUCCCCGCAAACUUCUUGCCAGCUGAAGAAAUCACCUCCGAUACCAAGAUUAUUGUUCAGGACAUGAUCGAGCUCGCUGAAAUGGGUCUUCAACAAUCCCCUCCCAUUCGUUUUGUCUACGAAAACCUCGCCUGGGGAACCUACAUAGACACCUGGGAAGGCAUGUGGGACAUCGUCGAGAGGGUGAACCGCCCCAACUUCGGUUGCUGCCUCGACACAUUCAACAUUGCCGGUCGUAUCUGGGCUGAUCCGACUUCAGCACAUGGGACCACACCCGACGCAGACGCUGUACUAAAAGCUUCCAUGGACCGCCUCGUCAAGACGGUGGAUGUGCGAAAGGUUUUCUAUGUGCAGGUUGUCGAUGCGGAGCGUCUUGGGCAGCCUUUAAUCGAGGGCCACGAGUAUCAUGUUCCGGGUCAACCUGCCAGGAUGAGUUGGAGUCGGAAUUGCAGGCUUUUUGCCAUGGAGGAGGAUAGGGGUGGCUAUUUGCCUAUCAUCAAGAUUGCCCAGGCUAUUUUCCAUCAGCUUGGCUAUGAGGGUUGGGUAUCGCUAGAGCUAUUCUCUAGAUCAAUGGCGGAUACAGCGUCAGCUACGCCGAUGGAGCACGCGAAAAGAGGAAGUGAAUCAUGGGAGAGGUUGAAGCAUGCUUUAAGCUUGAAAUGA